AUGCCGCGUUACCAGUUACAAGAACCAGCAACAGAUUACUGUCUAUUUUAUAACUCUGGUGAUCCUUGUUUCGUUGAUUCACGCCGGUCUGGAAGUGGUUUGGCAGUAUAUGAUAUUAAAUAUGAUGAUCCAGAUUUAUAUUCAUAUAUAUGCAAUGUGAAGCAGCAGAAAAAUAUAUCUGUCGACAAAUUUGUAUGCAGAAAGCACAUACAGCGGCUUGAAGCCCAAUACCAACGUAUUAAUAGAAGUAUUUCUUUACCUGCACAAGUAACAGAUCCCGUAAAAAUUGAACGACACCCACGUCCACAGUCUUCUUCGGUCGGGCGUUCGAUAGAAAUUGAACGGACAUCUGAAAAUGCUAACCAUUGGGAUCGGCGCAGUAGUCCAAGUGAUGCUGUUUCUCGAUCUUUGUAUAGAAAAGAUGCUAUAAUAACCUGGAAGUUGUCAGGUGGAGCAGAGUACAAAACCAUCGACGUAGAUGUAUAUCAGGAAACUAUUGGCGAUUUAAAGAAACAUAUCAUUGCAAUAUGGUCAUUGGAUGAUGUUACCAUCGAGCAGCUGGCUCUAUAUAGAUUUGAUAAUUUAACGCAUAGACGAUCACUUAUACACGCACCAGACGACAGUCGCUUGAAGAUUAUCUACAAUAACAGAUUUCUAAGUGUUUACUUCGAUGUAAAACGCAAACCAAAUGCAUAUAAUAAAUUGGACAUGGUAUCUAAACCUCCUCAGCCGAACGCUAAUGAUCUUGCAAAGGUGAACGUCGCAGAUCCAAUAUCUCCUCCUGGCAAACCUGCAAAUAGAUUAAGUCAGGCGUCGAACGUUACUUCUUCAUAUCAUGAAAUACCACCCGGCCUGUGUGGACUCGAUAAUAGUGGCAACACAUGUUAUAUGAACAGUGCGCUACAAUGUCUUAGUAAUAUACAACCUCUAACUAAUUUCUUUAUACACGAACAAAUUUGGAAGUUUGUCAACUCUAACAAUCCAGCCGGAACCGGAGGGUGUGCUGCAUCAGCAUACAGCAGUUUGAUCCAAGAAAUGUGGUCUGCUAAGUUAGAAAAAUGUACGCCAACUAUGUUAAAAGAAGCAAUUGACAGGUACACCACACAAUUUACAGCAUAUGAACAACACGACAGUCAAGAGUUUAUGGGAUUUCUUCUUGAUGCUCUACACGAAGAUCUCUUGAAUUCACAGACUAGAUCUUCACCUAUAUCCGAUCUUUUCCAAGGGCAGCUUGAAAGUAGUGUUCGUUGUUGGAAGUGCGAUACAGAUGUAAAAACGGUAAGCGCAUUUAAUUUUCUGUCUUUGCCAAUCAUAUCCAGUAAAUCACGAACGAACCUGUCCGAAUGUAUGGAAGAAUUUUUAAAACCUGAGACCAUUGGGACACAUGGUAAAUGGUACUGCAACAUCUGUCAUCAACAGACAGAUGCCAGAAAAUACAAGAAAAUCAAAUCUUUGCCGCCGGUACUUAUUCUUCAACUCAGACGAUUCGACAUAUUUCCUGGACGACAAAUAAAUAAUAAGAAAAUUCGAACAAUUGUUGAUUAUCCAGUACAGAAUCUUAGUCCACAUGAUCUAGCACUCAACUCUUCAUCCACAACUCGAUACGAUCUUGUGGCGAUUUCAAUUCAUCGUGGAGCAACGUUGCAGUCAGGACACUAUCUCACUAUUGCAAUGAAUCAUACAAACAAGCUCUGGUAUGAGUUUGACGAUUCUUUUGUCACAUCGGCGAAUCCCAAAGAUAUAACAAACCAAGAUGCUUACAUUCUAUGUUAUGUUCGCAAAGGUUUAACCAGAAUUUCCGUGAAAACUUCAUAG